GUUUUCCAGCAAAGCAUCAACAAGAGGCUGUCGAACGGUGUGUUGGAAAGUCACUCUGAUGUCAUUAAGCAUUGCUGUGGUGCUUCUAGUUGUUCAUGACAGCCACUUCUCCUCGCCCAGUAUUCCCACGCAAGAUUCUAGUGGCACAUUGACUUUGAAGUCAUUUAAAAGCACAGCAGAUACAGAACAACCUAUCAUCUACGUCAUCACAGCCACCUACAAACGGCCAGAGCAGAUUCCGGAACUCACUCGCCUCGGCCAGACUUUGCUGAGCGUUUCCCGAAUUCACUGGAUCGUUGGUGACGACAGGAGAACGGUGAACCAGCGGGUUUUAGAUCUCCUUGAAUUCCUCGGCAUCCCCUACACUUACCUCUUAACACCGAUGCCGGAAAUAUACAGGAACCCAGCGGUCAGCGUGAACGACAGAAGGAAGGGCUGGGCUAAAAGGGCGAGGAAGCAUUUACCCAGGGGCGUGGCUAACAGAAUGGCAGGACUUGACUGGGUUAAGCAACAUGCCUCGUCAGGAGUCGUUUACUUCGCUGACGACGACAACACCUACGACACCAGGCUCUUCGAAGAGAUGCGAUAUACCAAGCGGGUAUCCAUGUGGCCAGUGGGGCUCAUGGGGUCCUCGGGAAUGUCGACGCCCAUCAUCAAGAAAGGGAAGUUUGUUGGCUGGUACGACGCCUUCACUGACAGGCGGAAGUUCCCUGUCGAUAUGGCUGGCUUUGCCGUAUCCGUCGAGCUCAUUCAGCAGGUUCCCAAUGCUAGUAUGCCGUUCAAAGUUGGGUAUGAAGAGACUGGGUUCCUCGAGAGUCUGAAAAUCAGCACGGCAGACAUUGAGUUUAAAGCCGACAAUUGUUCCAAGAUCUACGUCUGGCAUACUCAGACAGUCGAUAUAUAUGUUUCUCCGAGAUACAAGUUCUUACAAAAAAAGUACAAAGACACGAAUGUGGGAAUUCUCGCAGAAAGCAUUGCGUAAUACAUAUGAAGUCAUUUUCGUUACUUCAAGGUACAAGGAUAUAUAUAUGUGUGAGUGUAAGAUAUAUACAUAUGAAACUACAAGUUACAAACAAUUAAUAAAAUCAAGAACAUGACAGUUAUUUGCAAAUCAUUGCUCUGUGCUGGAAGAUAUCCCAGCUUGGCGUGGCUUUGUCGCAGACGUAAAUAAAACAACGAAGGGAAGAAGAGAAAAGCAGCCGACCGUGCCAAAAGCCGACGUCUGCGCAGUGGUGUCAACGAGGACGGACAUGCUGGAUCUCUGUCGACGCUGAACGCGGGGCAACCCACGACGAAUUCACCGUGGAACAGGACUUACCGUGAUUCACAGGAAGCCCGACGACUCCUUGCUUUCGGUAUUCCAAAAGCCCAUUAACAAGGAAGAUUUCAUCCAUUUUGGUCAUUUUGCACCUAGGGCUUAAGGGAAAGAAGGGUACAGUAUACCACAUGGCAGUUGCGACGAGGUGCCCGACGCCAUAAUGAUUUUCCUUUGCCAUAGUUCUACGAUAAAGGAAGAUUGGUAGAAACGGCAUUAUAACGAUCAAGUGACAAUAACACCGCAAUAGUCUUUAGCACUUCUCAGCCGAUACGUAUCUCUACUACUUUUUUCCUGAAGAAACGAUAUCUAGUCCACUUUAUUAGACUUCCAACAUUGACUGUCUUGACAUCAUGAACGUUUGUCUCCUUUAUCCCUUGCUUAUUUAAAAGGGCUAUUUGAACAGUGGACCAUGAUAGGAUAAGAAGAGCAAUACCCUUUGUGUCGCGUUACAAUAAACUCUUAUGGGUUAAGCUUUGCCAGAUGUUGAAUAAUGCCAAAUAGCUGUAAGGUAAUUUGGAGUGGUAUUAUGAUUAUAAGAUAUUUGCAGGCGAUCAAUUGCAAUUAUCUUAAAAGAUCUGAAUCUCGAUAGCAUAAGACUAUAUAUAUGCUAAAUGGUAAUAACAGUGAUAAGGAUAGUCAUAAUAAUCAUAAUUAGUGUAAUGGUUUUAAUGCUUGCACAUUGAUAUUCAUGAAAUGUAUAACUGUAUACUAGCAGGUUUACUUUAGCAUUAAAAAGCUGCCACUAAAUAAAUAAUUUAUUGAAACCACACAAAAAGUUAUGAGGAACAACCGCGCAAUAUGUUACAUGAAGAGUAAACAUGAACAUUGCUGUCUUUAAGAUCCUUAGGAAAUACUUACACAAUAUGUAUUCUUGCUGACCUUCCCUUUUAAAAGAAAACGAUACCCAAGCAUAUAUAAUAAAGC